AUGAGUAUGAGGAAGAAGAUACAGAAGAAAUUCAGAAACAGAUGUUGCAGCCUCAAGCUCGACGCUCUCAACAGCAUUCUCGCCUUCACCGAUCAAUUCCCAAACGACCAUGAAGGAGAAGCCAUUGAUCUUCUUCUCGACCACCUCGACAUGGAAAAUAAUAAUAUUUCAGUAGUGGAUGCUGAAUCAGUUCAAGGAGUGAUUAAUCUUUUGUUAGGAGCUAAUGAUGUUACGGAGGAACCUGUAGCUUCUUCGUUGGCUGUUAUCGACUCCUUUCUUGUCCCAAAGUAUCGAUAUGAUUCUGUUAACAAGAAGUUCAUCGAGGAUACAAGUAGCCUGUCUGUUCACGGUAAGGCUUCUUCGAAAAUAGAAUUAUAUAGGGACAGAUUCAUUUCUCUGUUGCAGAGAGUUUCUCGUUCAGAGUUUUUUUCUAGGCCAGCUUUUGUUGAUGGUGAAAUUGAGAACUAUGAGAUAUCUCCAAUACAGUCUCUAAAUUUUGAAAUGGGAAGGAAAUGGGUGAUGGGUGUGAUAUCACAGUUGGAAGAUGGGCAUUUCUACUUGGAAGACCUUUCUGCUUCUUACUUUUCCUUGACAGUCAAGUACAGGAUAUCCCCAGGGUUUUUCACUGAGAAUACUAUUAUUUUGGCAGAAGGUGAAAUGCAUGGUGGUAUCUUUCAGGUUGUUGCCUGCGAAUUUCCUCCUUUAGAAAAAGACAGAGAUAAAACACAACGAGAGACACAUUUUGGAAAAGACAUAGAAAGACAACCAGUAGAUGAAACAUUUGUCAUAUUGUCUGACAUAUGGCUGGAUGACGAAGAGGUUCUAGAGAAGCUGGAAAAGGUUCUAAAUGAUUUUGAAAGUGGAGAGAUUGUGCCUUCCUUGUUUGUUUUCAUGGGAAACUUUUUUUCUCCCUCCUCAUGCAACUUAUCCUUUGCUUCUUUUAGGAAGCAGUUUGGUAAACUCGGGAGAAUGAUUGGAAACCAUCCACGUCUAAAAGAAAGUAGUCGUUUUUUAUUCAUUCCAGGUCCUGAUGAUGCAGGUCCCUCUACAGUCUUGCCAAGAUGUGGUUUACCAAACUAUUUAACCGAAGAGCUUCGAGAUGUUAUUCCCAAUGCGAUUUUUCCAAGCAAUCCAUGCAGAGUAAAGUUCGACGGCCAGGAGAUUGUGUUCUUCCGGAAAGACCUUCUGUACCAGAUGCGCCGUUCAUGCUUAAUAGCCCCUUCUGAUAAAGACCCAUUUGAGCACCUUGCUCACACAAUAACUCACCAGAGCCACUUAUGUCCUCUACCUCUCAUGGUGCAACCUAUCAUUUGGAACUAUGAUUACUCUCUUCGACUAUACCCAACUCCUCCUCAUACGAUAGUAUUAGGUGACAUGAGUGAGCAAAAGACUUUCAAAGUUGGGGGAACAACAUGUUUCAAUCCAGGCUCCUUUUCAACUGAUAGCACCUUCGUAGCUUAUCGACCUUCCACUCAAGAAGUCAAACUCAAAAAGAUUAAAGAAGAGUGA